AAAACAAACUCGAUUGUACCAUCUCUGAUGCUGAGGAGGCUUUGGACGAGCAGAUUUUAAAGAUUGGAAGUUACUCCAGAGAUCCACCGGGGGCUUUGAAGGACGAUGAGUCCGGAAUGACUGCCUACUUUGAGACGUCUGCCCGAAGCUGUGCACAGGAACCAGAACGUCCGGAGGGUUACUAUGAACUCAGCACAGCCACAGACCCUGGGGAAGUCAGGGGGGAUGGUGCCGAUUCCGACCCUGAAAGAAGACUGUGUACCAAAAGUGGAUCUAUUGAAACCACAGAAGAAGCCUCUAUUGAAACCACAGAAGAAGCCUCUAUUGAAACCACAGAAGAAGCCUCAGAGAACAAGGAUCAGGAGACUAAGGCUUCCCGAACCAAACCAACACUGAAGCAGAGAAGUUUCUCUGUGAAUAUUUCCCUUGGUUCAGAAAGUCAGACCGGGCAGCAAGGCAAGUCAAGGGUCUCCUCUCUCCCAGAUCCAGACACCUCAAGCUUCAGCAGUGAAAGUCCGGUGGAGUUGCCAGUCCAUCCUGAAUCUUCACCAGUGGAAGACCAGCCUCCGUUCCUCUCCAGGACUCCAGAGAUAGCGUUACCCAUCACCACCACCCCCAGCGGGCCUCCCGAAACGAAAACAACAACCCCCGGAUUACCCUUCUUAUUCAGUGAGCCGGCGACCAGACAGAGCAGGGAUGUCCCUGAGAUGCUAGGGCCCAAAUCAGCCCUGGAGAGGAGAGAGCUAGACCACGCGAGGAGGGGAUCCAUGCCCGUGGAUAUGUCCUCUCUGGUGGGCUGCUCUCUGGCCAAGCUGGCUCUGGAUACCCAGGCCUCCAGGGUGGUGGGUCAGAGCCUAGAUGUCAGGCAGGACGAGCUGGGCUACUGUGUGUUUAGUGAGUACUCCGCCCCCAUGCCCUCACCUGCUGACAUUCACAGCCCCAUGGAGACCUGCCACCAGAUGUUCCCCUCCACCGACGUGGACAGCGAGGAGGAGCUGGGAAUGAUUGGGGAAGAAGGUGUGGAAGAGAGGCUGGAGACAAGGCAGCCGGAUCAGAUGAAGAACAUUCCGAACAUAGACUGCUCGGAGAUGCCUGGUACAAAUGCGGAGAAAGUCACCGAGAAGAGAGACGCUGUUGUGGGACUGGCCAAGUCGAGCGUGAUCCUGGAGAAAGCCGUCCCCAGCGGUGUGAGACCGGACCGCCUGCGUAUCCCGGCGACUCCGUCCAAAGAGCGCCUGACGGAGUUCCGCUUGGAGAGCGGACUCACAGAAGACAUCAAGACCCAGGCCAUUCCGGAGGUGGAGGUGGAACAGGACGUCUCUAGAGAGGCUUCCCCUGUGCCUCCUGACUCCUCCUUCACCUUCAACACAGACAGCGAGGGGAGGCAGGCCUUGUCCCUGCCCAAUGGUGCUCCCCCAACUCCCUCAGAGCCAAUCCCUCGGGAGGAACCUCAGGAUGAGGUCGGCCAAUCAGAGACAGUUUUACACGUAGAGAAGAUGAAGACAGUAGAGAAGCAGGGAAGUGAACCGUCAGAGUUGGAGACUUCUGGGCCGGACUCUCCGAGGGUCUUUGUGGUGACGGAACAGGAGAACCAGAAGAUCGAGAUGCCAACCCUGGAGACGUCUGGAGAAGGCUAUGAAGAAGAGGAUCCGUCUCCGGAAAACGAACCUGAAUCUGAAACAGCUUCACCACUGGACGUCGUUAUAGAAGAGGAGACGAUAGGUGCACCUGAGGAACAAUCCUUCACACCACCCAAGGACAGCACAGCAAACAAGCAGGAAGUGAGGGAGCCUAGAAGAUACAUAUCAACUGUGACUGUGAUAUCUCAGGUAUCUCCAUCCAUCAUCAUCAUCCCCCAGGCCAUGAAGGAGGAGGAGGAAGAGGAGGAGGAGGAAGAUGGCGUAGAUAUUGAAGUCGCAGAGGAACAACAGGAAGUCAUGGAGGAAGUCGAGAGCCCCGUGCUUUGCGAGAAACUGGGCGAGGAGAAAGAGGAAGUGGAGGAGGAGGAAGACAUGGAGAAAGUGGAGGAGGAGGUGGUGGUGGAGGUGGUGGAGGAGGGGGCGGAAAAAUGCAAAUCUCUCUUGGCAUCCUCAGAUAUGGUAGACGAAUCCCAUGAAGAUGACGGGCACGCAUCCUCACAUGCUACGUCGGGAGAAAAGGUUUCCUCCCAGUCUCACCUCCCCGACCAGCCACCUCCCCAAACCCUGGAGGGAGGGGAAGACAUGGCGGAGGAGGAGGUGGGGGAGGUGGGGGAGGUGGGGGAAAGGGAAGAAGAUAAGGAGGUGGAUGUGUCUGUGGAGCUGGCUCAGAAGGUGGAGGUGGAGGAGAUCUUAGAUGUUCUCCAGCGUAAUCCUGAGCCCAAUGAUGAAACCACCGUGGGCGACUCCAUGCUGGACACAGACAGUGGCUGGUUGGACUCCCAAGAUGAGGACAGGAGCAUAAUGUCGGAGCUCAUUGAAGCUCUGCCUGAAACGCCCCACAAGAGUCCCACCAGGACCCCCUCGAUUGAGACAGCGAGGCCCAGCAAACGAGCCUCGGGCCCGGGGAGGGGUCGGAGCGGCGCUCCCGAGGACAAGGCGACACGGAAAGAUCCAGGUUUUCACCCCAGAGAAGAGCUCAGGAAGAGAAAAGUGGGUAUAAAGAGGGUGGAGCACUGUAAGGCACUCCUGUGUCACUCUCCAUCGCGGAGAGGCGUGGUCAGAACUGCAGCGAGACAGCCUAGAACUGGUCCGCACCACGCCUCCGCUAAACGCAAGACCCCAGAAGGCAGGCAGCCUCUUAGUGUGGCCCACCAGCCAAGGAACAGGACCUCUAGCCCAACCCGAGCCCUGCUCUUAAAGAUGGCCUGCCAGCGCAGGGGGGUGGCCGCCCUCCCCCCCCGCCCCGGCUCUGCCUGUAGCCUCUCUAAGCGCUGCCCUCUAGCUGUGAAGGAGGCGCUUGGGCCCCGGCCCUCCUCCGCAUGUUCCCGCCAGUCCCCCUCCCUGCAGAGGCGGGGGGAGAAGGAGGGCACCUAUCGGAGCCCAGAGAAGAGGUCGUCUCUGCCCCGGCCGGCCCACUCCCUGACCCGUAGACCCCCCCCUGCAGAGCCUGACGACUCCAGCGCCCCCCGCAGACCAACCUGCACGGACACGGCCCGGUCCCGUUCGGCCCGCAGCGGCACGUCCACCCCGGGCUCCACCGCCGUCACGCCCGGCACGCCGCCCAGCUACUCCUGCCGCACGCCCGGCUCACGCACCCCUGGGAGCCACACACCCAAGACCCUCAGCCUGCUGUCCCAGGAGAAGAAGGUGGCGGUGAUCCGCACCCCGCCCAAGUCCCCCUCCACCACCCCUAAGCAGCUGCGCGUGCUCAACCAGCCCCUGCCCGACCUGACCAACGUCAAGUCCAAGAUCGGGUCCACAGACAACAUGAAGUACCAGCCCAAAGGAGGCCAGAUCCAGAUUCAGACCAAGAAGAUCGACCUGAGCCACAUCACCGCAAAAUGUGGAUCGAUGUCCAACAUCCGUCACCGGCCAGGGGGCGGGAACAUACGUAUCGACAACGUGAAGCUGGACUUUAAAGAUAAGGCUCAGGCCAAGGUGGGCUCCCUGGAUAACACCGCCCACACCCCUGGUGGAGGCAACAUCAUGAUCGAGAGCCACAAGCUGACGUUCCGGGACACGGCCAAGGCGCGUGUGGACCACGGGGCGGAGAUCGUGGUCACCCAUUCCCCCGGGGGCACGGGCGGCACCUCCCCCCAUCACCUCGGCGACCUGUCGUCCACAGGCAGCAUCAACCUGAUGGAUUCCCCCCACCUCUCCACCCUGGCCCAGGACGUCACCGCCGCCCUGGCCAAGCAGGGCUUAUGAGUCCGCUAGCUGGCCCCCUCCUCCAUUACCUGCCUCCCUUCUGUGCUAGCUGCCCCCCCUUUCACUUGCUGAGUCCUUGUUGCCCCUGUACUCCCCUGGAUGCCCCCUCCUUUCCUUAGCUAUCCCCCUCCCUCCCCUAGUUGCCCCCCUCUCUACCCCUCUCUCCCCUAGCUGUUCCCCUCCCAUAGUUGCCCCCCUCUCUACCCCUCCCUCCCCUAGUUGCCCCCUAGCUGCCCUCUCCCUCCUGAGCCCCAUCAUCCCAGCUCCUAUAAGCCCCCCCCCCCCCACACACACACACACACACACACACUUGAUAUUUAAACUUUUUUUUCUUUGUGUUUUUGUCCAAUUCUAUCUGUCCUUUGCUUGAUGGCCAGUGUACUGAGAUACUGAGACAGGUCGAGCAAUGUAGCUAACGAUGCUAAAGCUAACAGGGUUGUAGCCAGGGUGGACAUGGCCCGUCAUACCCUCUAUCCCACACCAUCUGUUAGCUUCUCUGAGGCGGCUGGUCGUGUUGUGAUGGACUCUGUAGUGCUUCAAAUGUUCCUUCCAGCCCUCCCAGGGGAACCGGGUUCCCCCGACCGCAUUCCUUUCACGUGGUACUGUACGUGAUGAGUCUCUGUCUUGGUACUGUAGACGCUAAGAUGCAUCAGGAGAGAGAGCGUUGAUCUAUAGUACCGCAAUCUGUAACUGCAGAAGAUGACCGAUGUGAUGUGUGUAUUAGCAGAAAUGUCUUCUUGGUUUUCUUGUUGAGGCGUUUUGUUUUAAGUACUGUGUAUCGUUUACUGGUGUUAAAAUGUCAAACUAAAUACUGUCUGUCUGUCUGUUCUUUUUUCACUGUUGUUUCUUUUCUUAUUCAUCCCCAUGGUCUCCAUGGUGUCGAACACACAAGACAACCAUCGCUAUCCUUACGCUAUGCCAAGGCUAAAAUGCUAAAAUGCUAGCUUUCCAAUAAAACGAUGUCACCCACAAA